GCAGACAGACUGAAUAAGGCUGUCAACAUUUCGAGUGGACUUCACUGGACUGACUGGCUGGCUUGGAGGACACACAGUCAAAAUGUCGACUUGGAGCUUGUUGGCCAAACAAACGGGAAAGAACAUGAUGGGCCUCAGGACUGGGAUGUGGGCCUUGCGGGCUCGAUCCGGAGGCAUCAUGGUCACGUCAGUACGCACGGCAGCCGACCGACCCGACCCGUGGAAUUACCUGUGGCAACCUGGACCAUAUCCACGCACCCAAGAAGAGCGCGAGGCAGCGGCCAAGAAAUAUGGAUUGAUUGUCGAGGACUACAAGCCGUACCCGGACGAUGGCAGAGGUCUGGGUGACUACCCGAAUUUACCCGUACGAUGCAUGGACUCCAAACCGGGCCAAUACAACUGGGAUAUCCCCGAGGAGAAGCGAAACUUCGGCGAGCCUCUGCACAUGAAUUUUCAUUUGAUGCUCGCUUCUCGGCCUAGCCUCUCCGUCCGGCCACGCUACACUCAAUUCCAAUAUUUGCGUUGGUUUUUGGGACUCAUUUCUUUCUUCACCUUGUUUCAGCUUAUAGCCGGCGAGUACGAAUGGUUCCAUCCCUUCUCUGAGCGUCAAACUCCUGGGCCCUACAAGAAAAAGUUCUAUUCCUUUGAGUUGGAAUAGUCACCAUGGAAUUUCGGAUCCCACAGGAUCAGAAUAUGUCUUUAACCUUUCAUUCGAUUAAAACUCUUCAUUUACCGGG